UCAGUGUAAACCACGUGUUUAGUAAAAUUAUUCUUAGGAGUUUUAAACGUCAUUUGUAAAAAAUAGAAAGUUUGUAAACUUUAAUUGAUUUCCGUUAGAUAGGAAUGAGCAAUUUGAUUGGUCCACAUGACAAUGCAGAAAGAAUUAUUGAUAAAACUUCUAUUGAAUCAUAUGUCUCAGGAUCAGCUUUGUAUCAAGUGGAAGAUAUUUUAAGUAAUGAAAGCAGAGAUACAGUUUUUGAUAUUUUCAAUCAGUCAUUAUCUGAUACAAUAUGUUGCCACAAUUUCGACCAAUUUUCUAAUCAAUCACUUACUAAUGAAGUGAAUUUUACAGAAAAUUCUCAGCCAUAUCAUAUUAACAGUGAUAAAUAUAAUGACUUCAAAUCAGAAAUGAGGAAAUUUCAGUUGAAUAAAGUGUGGCCUGAUCAGCUAGAUAUUUUAGCAGGCCCACUUUUGGAGGAUGAUGAUGAUUGUUAUAGUGAAAAUAAUUCAUCAACUUGUGGAUCAGAAACAAAUAAGGUAACAGAUACCAAAACAAAUGGUGAAACAGCUUUAAUUUUGAAUAGUGCUAUGACAGCUGGGAUUGUACAGUUUGGGAUUGACAGAAAAAUGUUUCAUAUUGAUAGUAUUGAUUAUAAAAAUGAUAAAAUACAUAUAUAUAACAAAAGUUCUGAGUUGGGUAGGAUAAUCAAACUAUCAAGAGUUGAAGAUGAUGAUGAAGAAAUUGAUAUUGUAACUGUAGAUGACGAUAAUAAUAUUAAAGACAAUUCUCAAUCUUGUAUGAUAUUGAAAAGCAAUAAUAAUGAACAAAAACUAAUCAGUCAGGAAAGUAGAACUUUGCCAAUAAAUACAUUUAACAACAAUAAAGAUGAUUUAGAAAAUAAUAGGAUUGAUGAAAAUGAACAGUCUUUAUAUGAUUCUGAAAAAAGUAAUGAAACAGUUCUUGUAGCACCAGAUUUAAAUAGUCUCUUAGAACAGUUUGAAGCUACACAAGAAACAAAUGAACAUAAAGAUGAAGAAAAUGAAAAUAAAGAGUUUUCUAGAUCAAAAAUGUCAGCAGAUUGUGAGUUUACUCCAAAAGGUACACUUGCUUCAUCUGUUAUUGAAAGAAUUAAAUCAUCUAUGACUCCAGCACGUGGUACAAUUAUGAUUUCUCAUGAGACAGUUUUAAAUUCAACUUCACCUCAUAAAUUAGUUUCAGAUUGUUGUACAAAAUUUCAGAAUUUGCUUCCUUUGAAAAGAAAUAUGCCUUCUUCCAGUUCUCCUAAUAAAGAUUCUGUUAAAAAUGCAAAGAAAAUAAUAUUUUCUAGUGCUGACCAUGAUUAUUGUUCCACUGAAACUUAUUAUAAUAAGAUACCAGAUUAUUUAACAGAAUUAAAGCCACAGUUUGGAAUUAGUUCUAAAAUUGAAAUGGAAGAAAAAGAAAUGGAUAUUAACAUAGAUGAUCAUGAAAUGGUAGAAAACAAAAACAUUUCUGAAGAAUGUGUUGAUAAUGAAAUAAUACAGAGCCAAAUAAACAAAACAACAAAUGUGCCUUUAUCUUCAGUAGAUUAUUCUGUAUCAAAGUUAGUAGAGAAUAGCAUUGAUUCAAAUUGCAAUGAAAUAGAGACUAAGUUUCCAUCUGUAAGUAGUAGCAAAGAAAAUUUACAGAUCAUAUCUAAGAUAGAAAAAACAAAGCAUUUCCUUGAAAAUUUACCAGAUGAAUUGGAAAAACAAAAUUUUGAAGUUUCAAGUUCAAAAUUCUCUGACUUUCAAUUAAGAAAAUAUCAUUCUAGUAGUGAGAACAAUUCUCCAAACAGAAGUCCAUUAAAUUAUGCUCUUCCUAGAAGAUCAAGAUCAAGAUCUCCUUCUAAGCAUCUUAAAAAGUUUAGAAAUAGAGAAAGGACUGUAGACAUUCAAUCUUUUCCAUAUCAUGAAAAAUCUAAAGAAAAAAUAAAACAAUUAGAGGAGCGUAGAGUUGUUUAUGUAGGAAAUAUUCCAAAGGAAACAACACGCACACAAUUACUAGAACGUUUUGGUAAAUUUGGACCUAUACAAGAAAUUACAUUGCAUUUUAAGGAGCAUGGGGAAAAUUAUGGAUUUAUUACUUUUCAUAACAGGACUGAUGCAUAUAAAGCUAUAGAUUGUGGUAAUGAUAAUUACAGUCUUCCAAAAUUACAUCUUAGUUUUGGUGGACGAAGACAGUUUUGUAAAUCAAGAUAUUCAGACUUAGAUUCUCAGUUCACUAUUGGAGAAGAACAAUUUUCAAAUCAAGAUCACAGUAACAUGGAUUUUGAUUCUUUGCUUAAAGUAGUUAAAGCUCAACAAAAUUCCAAAUUUUCAACAACAAACAGGUAACUAGAUGAAAACUUUAAUAAAAAUAAUUAUGUAUAUUAAUAAAAAGAAUGAGUACUAUAUGGAUAAUUAUUUUUUCAUUUAAACAAUGAAAUUACACAUAAAAUAUUGUGUUUACAUUUUGUACAAUCCCAAAUGUAAAGAACACAUUUCCAGAAUUUUGUAUCAACAUAUAUAUAUGAAUAUGUUUAAUAUUUCCUAAAAAUCAUUGUGAUAUAAUUUAUUUAAUUAUUGUAUAAAUUGUUUCAUUUGCAUUUAGUGAUGCCAA